AUGGCAACAGUUACCGUAGACUUGGAUAACGGACUAGGAAUUGUGGAUAAAGAAGAAAUUUAUCCCGGUGUGUACGUAGCCAGUUCCUUGUCUCAAGUUAACAGCAAUAAGGCUAUGGUGAGCAUUCUGAAUUCCACAGAGGAAGACAUGGAGACGGUAAAUCACACAUUAGUCGAUAUUGCAGCCAUUGAACUGCAAAUAAACGAGAACUCGAGAACAAUGCAGAAGCAAGUAAAUGAAAACGUGGAGAAGACAAACGAAGCGUUUUCGCAAACCACUCUUUUGAUUGCAACUAAUCAACAAAUGAUAAUCAUUGAACAUUUAAUUGAUCGGCUGAAGGAAGGAUGUGAUGCCUUAGGGCCAAACACAAAAUUACAGACACAAAUUAGUUUCACAGGAUGUAUAUGGAGAUGUACAGAUGCAGUGUGUGUACUGGAAUCGGAUUUUGGGUUCAAAUUGAACUGCGCCUUCAAGAAAUCUGGUUUGUUCCGAGUGCGGAAUCUGGGUGGCGUCAAGGGCUACGUCGGUGUCGGUUUCAGUGUCGGAGAUUCCUUGGGGUUCGAACCGGCGAUAGAGGAAACUGGCUCGAAGCGCCGUUCCGUUCAAGACGGUCGCAGCGCCAACAUCGGAGUGCAGACAUUUGCAGCGCAGCAUAUGGCGGCCAUGAAUAAGGCCUCAGCAGUCACCGUUCCCCCCUUCAAACCCCUGCCGCCAGCCAAUGAGGGACACCGAAACGUCUCUCGCCCGUCUCGACUGGCUUCGGGGAACGGCGUCGGGGUGCCAUCAGUUGUGGCCGUCCCCGUACCGACCUUCCAGGCCAUGCCUUCGUCAAUCUCCCGGGUAACCACUGGACCAGCAGCUGUGGGCGUCAAAGUUGUGAGGGCACCCGUAGCCUUCAGGAACUCUUUGCAGAUGGCUACAAACCACUUUCAGGUUCGUAAAGACCAGCCAACUGCUGGUGAUGAAGGACUGUCCACAAACACAUUAACCCUAAGGACGGGGGCCACGAACCAGCAGAAGGCAGUAUCACCCGCUCUAGAUGCUUCAUUAGACACAAUGGGUUACUCCAUCAAAACGCUUGCAAAGGCGACAAACUUAUCAGAGGAUGCCAUUGCUGCAGCCAUAGCCUUGCGACAGCAGCAGUUGAUUCAGCAACAGCAGGCUGCAGCGACAAGUACAACGACGAGUACGACAACAACAAAGAAACCUCCGGUCUCGAAUCCAGGGAAGAAGUACCUUCUCGCCACACCCAGUAAGGUCAUGAACGCGCCCAAGGAGUACUAUCCCGUAGGAUAUGACAAGAACUUCGACGAUAAUUUCGCGUCACGUGUCGAACUUCCGGACACGACGUUCAGCUGUGGCGACCAGAAGCACUUCCCAGGACUCUAUGCUGAUGAGGACUUAGGAUGUAUGGUGUUCCAUGUGUGCGCUUUCACAGAUGAUGGACUUAUCAUGAAAAGCUUCCUCUGCCCGGAGUCUACACUGUUCGACCAAACGAUCCUCAAGUGUAACUGGUGGUUUUACGUGGACUGCAAAGCUUCAAAGAAGCUCUACGACAGUAACAUACCAAUUUCUAAAAGUUACCAACUUAUGAAGGCGCUGGCUUUCUUCUCCUCGUACAACAAGAGCUAAACUCAAGGCCAACGAAGUGAAACGUCAUUGCUCAAUGAACUCUGCGCUCAACCGCAUAGUGAUACAGGCUCGUUCAUGAAGACUGAAUAAGGCAAGAGAGACAUGUACCUAGAUAAGGAGCAGAAAGUGUUAAGAAUGAGAUAUUCUGCAUGUUCGUGCCAUCUGUUAGAAACCUUACUUAUUCCUUGUCCCAUAACUUUCUGCUAAAGAGUUGUCUGCUCAUUAAGUAACCAGAAAAUGACAUUGGCUUUUAAGACAAUCAGUUACGCCGAGAAGCGGCGGUCGCUCGGUCGGUAUAGUUCGCUUGCGGACUGAAAUCACGGAGUUACAUAUUUCAUUUUUUUUUCACAUCGAUACUUCAGCAGUUUUCUAUAUUUAUGCAAACUAUGACAUACGUUUUGGAAUAACUGAACCGUACAAAAAGUUUACUUUUAGUUUUGUCUAGCAGGAUUCAAGCCUGGAUUAUACUUGCUAAUUACGAUAUUCCGUAAACCAGAGUCACUUUAUAACAGCACGAGAAACAAGGCCGCAAAGCGCUGUCGUGAAAUGACGUUAAAUUAUAUAGCUUGUGGCACAAAGUGGCAUGCUGUCAAAAAGUGACCGUAGUUUACGGUAUAUUCGUGGAUAAGUCGACUGAAAUUCAACAAGGAAUAACGUCUUCCUUUUCUUCAUUCUUUUCUUUUUCUCUGCUUUGCUCUCUUUCUUUCUUUCCCUCCUUUUCGUAAUUGUAUCUCGGCUGCCAUUUCUCCGUUAACACAGUGAACGAAGUUACAUGUGUAUCCUUCAGAUGGCUCAGAUGGGAACACAGAUCUGGCACGAGUGUAAAUACGUGAACUCUGCUACGGUGUCAGGACUGUACACACUUGCUAGCCCGUCUCCUGUUAUGUAGCCUGGGCCGUUUAAAUUGCAACCCAAAGAACAAUAAAUCAUCCACUGCUGUGUGGAAAUGAAAGCGGAGUUUGUUUCCACUGUGUAACGGGUUAUUUCAAUUUUCUUCGUGACCCUGUGGUCAACGUUACCCUUAGGCAGCGUCUACACGAGGGCACAAAAUGCGUCCCUUGUAACGAACGUACUUCAUGACGGACGUU